AUGUUUCGUUCAUCGCGAGUGCUUCAAAUCACAGCAUUACUUGCACUGUCGUUUGGAGCUGGGACUUUGCUUUUCCUGACGGCACGCUACUGGAAACGAAAGCGUCGCGAACCAUCAACUGGAAAUAGCUCUUCUUACAAUGAUCGUCCUUUGAGAAGAAAGAGAACCUUAACCUCAGGUAAUAAGCAGUCAGGAGUCAGGUUUGUCCUGAAGUGUGUAUACAUCAAGUAAUUUAUUAUAAUAAGUUUAUAAACAUCCUUACCAUAGCCCUAUGUUAAUCAGCUGACAAUAAGUUCACAGUGGCCUGAGUUAUUAAAUUUAUAUACAAUCUGUUUUUCGAUACUGAGCUUUUUAAACCUACAGUGUGUAAGUGGUGCAUUGAUUUUGUAGUUUGAACCAUCCUUACAUCCAUCCUUGUAAGCUGGAAAAAGUAUUAUUUUAAUAUAAACUAAGCUAAUAUUAUGCUAACAUUAUGGCCUGAUGGCUGAACUAUACAGGUACUAGUAGGCAAGAAAAUUACUCGGAAACUCGCUUUGUUUCCGCAGAGUGGCGGCAAUAUCAAAUUUAAAAAGAAUUUACGUUGAUAUGACUUUAUAUAAUUAUUAAUUUUCUUUGGUGCAAGUGGGAUUCCAAUUUUAAUACCCAAUAUAAUGCAUUUUAUUUUUAAAAUUAAGAAUUGCAAAAUAAUGUUUAAAAUCAUGAAAAACAUGUUGGUUGCUGUGGAGAUUUUUCAGCUAGUAAGAUAUGUGGUCUUUGUUUACUAGCGAACUGCUGGUGGCAUUUAGUAUAAAAACACAGUGACGACGUUUACACAUUCAAUGGAAAAAAAAUUAGAAUCAUGGAUUACAAAUAAAUCACAUUAGUAUAACUGUGUGUGAAGUUUUGAUUUUUUAAUGCAGAGAAAUUUGCAUAUACAUGUAACUUAUCUGAUAAUGAUAUACUGGUAUAAUUUACUUGAUACUGUCAUCUCAAUAUCUGCUGGUGCCCAUAACCACAAAGCUUGUCCUUGAUUUUUGUAAAAAAAAUCUCAGUGAUUUAGGAUUAGUUAAGGAUGGAUUUAAAUAAACGUUCUUUUUUCAAAAUGAAAAUAACUCAAAGAUGAGUAGGGUGGGUGCUAGAAUACAGCACCAGCUAGUAUUAUAAAAAAUAGAAAGUGUAAGAAGGUACAUGUACAUGCAUUUUGUAUAAAUUUAGUUCAGCUAUGAAAAUGGAAAGUGUUAAAACUUUUUAACCUAAGGUUGAUUCCCAGGGCUAGCAGACCAAGGAAAUCAAGAAUCAACCUGUACUGUAGGUUUAUACAUUGUAAUUCAAAAUUAACGUGUAUGAGGUCAAAUUUGACUGUUCACACAAACAAGGAUUUGCCUAAUACACAAUGGUGUAUUGUAAUACCAAUACAAAUUUUGUAAUCAGUACAUGUACAUGUAUUUUCAUGUAGUUCAGUGAAAAUUUCUUUUUUGCUGGUACUUGCAGGCACAAGGUUUUCUGCUGGUGAGUCGACACCGAGACCUCCUACCAAGAGCUUAAGCUUGGAACAAGAUGUUAUGUUCCGACACCAUGCAUCAAAUGUUAGAUCACAGAGCAGUAACAUUGAGGACAUUGCUAUAACUGUAAAUGGUAAGAAACGUAGUCUUGUGUGCACAUUUUUUAUCACUUUAAGUCCCACCCUCUUACAUUUAUUUUUGACCUUUCCCAGACACUGUCCUUGUCCUUUGCCACUAAAAUGGCAGUUACCGUACGUUGUACCUUGCCUCUUCAGCUCUGUUACCCAUAAUGCCUUCACCGCUCCACCAAGAUGCCUUAUACCUCGCACUGCUUUCUUGAACAGUGUAUCUGGUUUCAGUAAUGACACUUAUUUGCAAAGAUGGACCAUUAACCUAACACCCAACUACGUAUACAGCACCAAUUCAUUGUAUGUCAUAGUUCAAUUUUAUCCUUGGUUUAGAUUUUAUUUUCCUUUGUUUCUGGUUAGGGUAAUUUAUGGCAAUGAGUUUGAAACAAAGGAAAAUAAAAUUUAAACAAAGGAUAAGAUUUAACCAAAACAUAUACAUGUAGUUUGCGGGAUCACCAAGGCAUGCAAAACUCCACGCUANGCACUGCUUUCUUGAACAGUGUAUCUGGUUUCAGUAAUGACACUUAUUUGCAAAGAUGGACCAUUAACCUAACACCCAACUACGUAUACAGCACCAAUUCAUUGUAUGUCAUAGUUCAAUUUUAUCCUUGGUUUAGAUUUUAUUUUCCUUUGUUUCUGGUUAGGGUAAUUUAUGGCAAUGAGUUUGAAACAAAGGAAAAUAAAAUUUAAACAAAGGAUAAGAUUUAACCAAAACAUAUACAUGUAGUUUGCGGGAUCACCAAGGCAUGCAAACCUCCACGCUACAUGAGGGUACAAUGCUUAGGGAGGCCAAAUGACAGUUACUGGUACAUAUCAAAUAAUAUUAUAACAUAGCUAGAAUAUUUGCAUAAUCGAAUUCAAUAGCACGAGCGUGCUACAUAUUCCCAUUAAGCACACUGAUGAUGUCAAUAAACUAUACCUCGAGUUCUUGUGUGGUCUUGUGAGCUUAGCAGUCCUCCAAAGACAUCUCCCAAGGGCAUCCAUAACUCAACAGUACAUGAUGAAGCAUUAACCAUGUGUUUUCUAACGUAAAUUUAAGAGAAAACUUUUCAAUUUGUUAAACAAUAGUAGGGAAAAGAGGUGAGUGUUGUUGUUGUUGUCAUCUGCAUGAGCUGUACAGGCUAUGGCAUGUGCAAAUUACUCUUUGCAAAGUUAUUUCUUACAAAAAGAAUUUUUCAGUGAAUUAAUAGUUUUCAAGCACAUCAAUAUGGAUUUUACAAUCUUUUUUAAUGUUAUCUUAAGCAACUUGAGUAAACUUUAUGUAGUCGUAAAUAUAGUCACGCAGACAUAGAUGUGUACUGCUUUGAGCGCGGGCUACAAUGAUAAAAAUUUAAGUUACUGCUGCAUUAAUCGCUUUGAUAAUGUUAUAAAACAAUUAGGUCAUGCUUCAGCUGUCUGUAUGUCGAGAUAUUGAACACUUAGAACUAAUUGUUAUUAUAACUUGUAUUAUGAGGUAAUCUUUACCUAGCUCUUAAUAAUGAACAAAGACAUCCAUUACCUUUUGUAAAUCAGUCAACAAAGAUGAGCACAUUGUAAGGAAAGGUGCCUGUGUGGCUGGUACAGUGAGGAGGCAAGAAGUUUUGCAAAAGAGUUGAGAAAUUUUUCAACCCUUAUUUCAGACUUCUACUUUUCGUAGAAUAGUUAAAUCAUACAUUGUUCACCUGCACUGUAUUGUAACAAUAAUUAUUUUAACAUUAGAUGGGAGGAUUUCUGAGGACAGUGCUGUUGAAUUAGGGGACAUAAUAACAGAUGAAGAAGAGAUCAUUGAGGAACUUAUAAAGAGAGGUACAGUAAGUUCUCUGUUUUAGAAUUUUAUGCCCAUGUACAUGAUGUUAUGUACAACCUUCAAAAAACUGAAUCUCUUGACCUGGAUUACACUAUUAGGAGUUGAAAACUUUGAAAUGGCUCUGGAACAUUGGUAUGAAGCAGCAGAGUAUGUCAUGACUCAGCAAGGACAAAGUCAUCCACAGCAGGGAGACUCAUUUUUCUUUUUUGAGGCUGAUGCCAAACUCAAUGCCCUAAUAAGCAGCUCAAGAAAACUGCGGAAAGUCAUUGAACAGUAUGAUCUAGCAGAGACAUCUCUGCCACACACACCAAGUAACAUGUUGACAUGGAUUGAUGAUGAAAGUUUACAGGAGCAGUUACAGAUGGGGAUGGUCAGGGAUCUAGAUCUUGAUGAUUCAUCUGAUGCAGAUUCAUUUGUAUCAGCAGCUGACAAUGCACAGUUAGAGGUACAGCUGUACACAUAACUUUACAUGUUACAACAUGCAGCUGUUUGUUAAAUGUUCAAAUGCGCAACACAUGUUAGCUGGAAGUGGACUUUUUGCACUCUUGGGCUGUGAUUUUGAACAAAUUUUUGGACAAAUUGUCUCUGUAAGAGUAAAGACAUGUAGCAGUACAUUUGGUAGCGUCAAGGCAUAGUAAAAGAGAAAAAGGCUUACUUCUGGUUGAGGUGCGUCUCUCUAAAGUGCAUCUGCUUAAACUCCCUGUUGUCAUUGCUGGACCAUUCAGAAAAGUAAUUUGAUUUAGUGAUUAUUAUGAUUGAUUAACACAAAUUUCCUGAUACUCUACUCUCCCAUAACGAACGUGUACUUGUUACAAAAAAUGGGAGGAAAUGAAAUGAUUUGCUUUUGUUUCCUUCCUCAGUGAGAGCAACAAUACCACCACCUCUGACUUGUCACAAGCUUAAGUAUCCAUGAUUCUAUUUUGUAGUUUGAUGAUAGCACUGAGGAGAGACUUGUGAGUGAGUCUUGUAAACUCAAGCUGUUCAGACAAGCUGUUCUAAGAUCUGCUGGUUGUCACAGGUCUGUAGAAAAAAAAAUGAUAAUAAUAAUAACAAUUAUUGUAAUAAUACAUGUAAUACAUAUGUAAAAAGUAGCAGCAGUGAGAAAAUAUUGAUCUUUUUUCUAAGUACAGUACAUAUAACAAGUGGAUAAUAGCUAUGUUUUACUGAUUAAGGUGAUUCCCUAGUUUUGCACUGCGCAUCUCUUACUGCGCAUAACAAGAUGGCCGCCGUAAAAAAGAGCAUGUGAAGUAAUAUUAUUAAAAUGAAGUUGACUGAAGAGAAACGCUAUUGGAAUUUUUUCUUGCUGUUGUUUCUUGCCGAGGUGGGACUCAAUGUGUUGGGAAUUUGCAUAACGUAAGCAGUACGCUUGUUGCUGAGUUCGACCUCCUCUCGGAGAACCUCGAUAGUGGAUGUUUAACUUGUGCUUACUCACUUUGAUUUUCAUUUAAACACUUUCUUUAUCACAUUGUGUCCUAAAUGUGAUAUCUCAAUGUAAAUUCUGUAAAAACGGAUUUUUUAAUACUUUCUUCCCCCUUUCACAUACAUUCUAUUUUGAAACUCGCCCCAGUCCUCAAAAAUCGGAGAAAAUGCGUUUGGUGCACACUUUCUGCAGCUCUACCGCAAAAACGAGUACGGUGACCCCCAUUUUUUAUUUCAUGAUUUUAAUAAGGACAGUGCUUCCUUUCGAUGAGAAAAAAAUUGGCACAAAUCUAUGUUCAGUUUUUUGGCAGUUUUACUAAAUUGUACGGAUUGAGCCAUCACGGGUCGAAAAGUGCGCGUCUAAUUUAAUUCUACUUUGGAGCGUAAAGUAAAAACAAGGGCAUUAAAAGGCAUUUUUCUGGUACGUAAGUGGAUAAACAAUACAUUAAAGUCAAAUUCUGUGUGAUGAGAUUUUUUCGAUGAUGCAUGUCAUGCAUCAUCGAAAAAAUCUCUCCUUUUUGUCUAGUUUUUCGCUGCCCGCGGUUUUUGUAAAAGGGUUCUAAAUAGCCGUAUUUGUCAGCAUUGUGACGUCAAAACGAGCACGGUGACCCCCACUUUUUAUCAUUUUUUAUCAUCUUCUUGACUUGUUACAUCAGUGUACCAAGUUUUAGCUAAAAUCUAUGUUAGGUUCUUUUACUAUGGAAUCACCUUAAACCGUGCCUCUUUUUUCUUGUGUAGCCACCUGGAGUUUUAUGUGUCAGGCUUGCAGCAUUACAUUAGACAUGGAAUUACCUGCAGAAAGAUAAGGUGAAAACUUUGCUACAAUUUACAUACGUAUUGUAAGUUUAAAAGUACACACAUACAUAUGCUGUUUACAGGUGGCCAUUAUUACUGACCUGAAGGAGGAUUAUGAGGUUAUCCCUGUAUUAAGAUCUCUCCUUACUGCAGAUAACUCAACCCAGCCCAGGAAAGGUUUGCCACAACACUGGUUUGCCCUACUCUUUUUGAACAGUGGUGUGGGUUCUUUUAUGUCCCCCAAGAAACAGAUAAGUGAAAGUGCUGUGAGAAGGGACCUACGUUUUUCUGUCCUUGUUGGAGAAGACUAGAAAGUCUAACCAUUUGCAGAUGCCAUUACAAAGGUAGCACUUUCUUCUCAGUUAUUUAAAGACCCUGAGUGGUGGUCUGGCUGGGGUUUGAACCUGCAACCUUCCCCUCAGCAGACUGCUGCUCUCCCAAUUGAGCCAACCAGGCAGCCACUUGAUUGUUCAUGACUAUCAUCAUUAUAGAAGCUCGUGUAGUUGCUGCUUGUAGUUAUGUUGACACUGUUUCCUAGCAGUUACAAUGAACAUAGCUGAAGAGGUUUGAAACAAGGGAAGUGCAGUGUACUUUCAAAUCCAAUUUUUUUUUGCUCCAAAUUAUCUUCUUGCUCUUCUUCUUCUUGUUUUCUUGGGAUAUAGAAUGCUUAUCAUACUACUAAGUAAACUUGUAUUUGUUUUUAUGUUGGAGUAAAAAAAUCCUAAAUGUUCAGAAUAACCAUAAUUCCAAAUACUUUUUGUUAAAUGCCCACACUGAGGCAAAUUGAGUAAAGCAGGAUUUUUUUCUCAUAAAUGACAAAACAAAUAAUUAAUUUGUGCUUUACUUGCUUCAGGUUAAUCUGUAAAGCAGAUUAUUAUUCUGCUGAUUCUUGGAAUUAAGGCUUUUCUAUGCAAAUAAUUAUUAUGUUAACUAAGUUCCUACAAGAUAGCCAGAACGGUGUAUGUACCAAAGUUGAGAUGAUUCUUUUAGUCUUAGUAUGUACAUGUAUAUCUAAAAGGCAACAGACAAAAAAUGUUAAUUACCAGUUUUAACCACAUUUUGUUAACACUACAAAAUACUAACUUCAUGCUCAUUUAAUUCUUCAAAGGACAAAUGUUGUUGGCUGUGAAACUGACAUGGAGUUCCUUGCAAAAGUACAUUGCAUACGACAGGCAUCCGAGGUUUGUUGUUAACAAGUGUUACAUAAAUGAGAGGCCGUUGUUUCCAAACAUUACCCAGGAAAAAAAAAACUUACAUGUUCUCUGUUUGGUUUGGCUUGUUAAAAAAACCUCUUUUGAUAAAGCAAAAUUUCCUGAAGAACUGACCUAAAUGAUUCUUAACAGGUUUUUGUCUUGAGUAAUGUCUCACUGGGAUGUACACAAAACACUAUAGACUUGUAUUAUUUAGUAAACAAAAAAUUAAAUUAAUUUACAAGACUAAACUUUAGUCCUGAUCCUUCGUUUAAUUCUCUUUUUAUUGGUAUGACUGUGUGUUUCAUUGUUUUCCCUCUAUGUUUGUUUUUUCAAGAUGGUAUUUUCAUCUUCUGAAAUCCGUCAGUGGUUUAUUGAAAGUGGUCGGCAAGCUGUUUCUACAGUUAUUGAACAGGCAGGCAAGGUGCGGUAUUGCUAUUUUUGUUUUAUUGUUCUAUAAAUAAUGGACUAACAUGACCUUAACCUUCCCAAACCAGAACAGCCUUUGUUUAAGUUGGAGUAAUAACUCUCUACUGUUGAUACUUGAUUGCCACAAGAAUCUACAACCUUUGCUCCAGUUUUCAGUAAUCUUUUUACUUCUUUCACAUGUGUCAGAAAAAAGUUUUCUCUCUUUAGUAGUAGCCAACUCUACUCAAUGUUUAAUGCCUGCGAGAAACGCUUGAACAGAUCAUGGAAAUUCAAGAAACAGUAGAAGUUAACAACUCUUCAGGAAAAUUUACAUUCGUUCUAACUGCUCAGGUGGUACAUUGCAUUGAAACCUUAAAAAUAAUCCAACAGCAUUUUGCAUCAUGUAAAUAGAAGGAGUUGUCAGUUCAGUAGUUGAACUUUAACAGCCAUCCAUGACAGUUUAUCUUAUGUAAAAUCCAUGCCUGUAAACAGCCAUUUCAAACUCUUUAGUGAUUCAUAAAGAAAAUACAAAGGAAAUUAAUGUUUAAUGAGUGUUUGGAAAUCAGAUGAAAAACUGCUCAUUUUUGCCUCCUUAAUUUCUCUUUCUAAAAUCAUUUUGUUUGAGAAGUAAUAUCAAGCAUUUCAUCACUACAUGAAACACCUCGAUGUUUGUCAAAAAUACUCCUCAGCGUGUUGUAUUUUCACAGAUGAAACACUGUGUUUCAUGCUUGAUAUGCAACUCUCUUCUCACAGAUGAAACGCUGCAUCUCAUGCUUGAUGUAUUAGGGUUUCAAUAUGAACUGAAUGCAGCAUGAUACUCUUCACAGGAUCCCUCGGACUUCCAAGCUGCAUUUGAUGAAUUAGUAGAGUAUACAUCCUCUGCAGACAACUGGAGACAAAUUAAGGAUGAGCUUUCAGGCCGAGGGGUAUGAUUUAUUGUUCUAUUUUUUAUUUUUACCUCUUCUAACAUUCAGGGACAGUUAUACAGGUUACAAGUUGUGUGUGGAAGCCUAUCUAACCACGAGAAAACCUUGGAACAAAUAACAGAAACAACUCUUUUGGUCCUAGAAACAACAGCAGCUCCCAUACCAAUAGAAUCAAUACGCACACAUGAGAGAGCUACAUUACCUCAAGAAACACUGCUUAUUGUCCCCGGAAAUGAACAGUUUCUGUUGAAUUGUGUCAACUAGUACAGCUUAGUCAUGUGUGACACAACUUACAAUACCCGUUUGCCCAAUAGCCCACUUUAAAGUUACUGGUGGAAACGUGGCUGAAGUUGAUCUUGUUUUGAUACAACCUUCCCUGCUUUGUUAUGUAAAUCAUGUUUUUCUUUUGCUAACUAGUAUUUUUAAAGCAUAAUUUCCAUAAGAAAAGCAAAGGAGGUUUGUAUCAAAACAAGGUCAACCUCAGCCUCGUAUUCACUCAAAGGCUAGGAUACUAAGCCAGCUGCAACUGUAAAAUGGCCUAUUACAACUGUGAGCUAAGGAAUUUCCAGAGCACACUCUCAACAGGGCAUAAUAGUAAAAAUAAUAAUAAUAAUAAUAAUAAUAAUAACAUUUACUUUUAUAGUGCCAUUUCUAUUUCUGUCCAAUGAUGCUUUACAACGACAAUUAUUUUUUUGAAAAAAAAAAAGUUAUCAAUAUAAUGCACUGUUAAAAAAUUUUAAAAUUAAGCUAGUGUUAAAAUUUACAAUAGUGUUAAAAUUAGUAAAAACGUGAAUAAAAUGAAAUAAAAAUAUGUGUGUAUUACACAUUAAAGAUAGCGACCACAAAUCUGGUUGGCAGUUGCAUAAAUGAAUGCUUCAAGGACCAGCAGAGUUUUCUCUCCUUCCUCUUAUUUCUCUCUCCUGUGAGAGACCUCUGCAAUCAGGGAAAUAUGCCAAUGGAUAGUAAUUAAUUUCUUUUUCUCCUUAGGUGAGCCACCUCUCAUUCUAUGAUGUGCUUCUGGAUUUUGUGCUCUUGGAUGCUUUUGAUGACCUAGAGACCCCACCCUACACAGUAGCAACUGCUGUCCAAAACAGAUGGUUAUCAGCACGCAUUAAAGAAACUGUAAGUACCCUGGGGCCUGUUCCUUGAAAGUCCACUUAUUUUUCAUGCCUGAAGCCAAAUUAUUUGAAAAUCAAAAUCUUUAGAAUAAAAAUUGUUGGACCCAGCUAUCAAACCAGUCCAUUUUUAAUGUUAACUGAUACCUGUAUAAUAUUAUCUGCAAAACUAUUGAAAUUCUGAUCUUCUUUUCUCUAUUACACAAUAACAUUCUGCGUGGGAUAAGAGCACUAUCUGAUAGCACUAGUGCAGCCCAUCAGUCUACUUGUAUUUACUGUAUUUGAAUUUCUCAAAAAACUUCACUUGCCCUUGGUAAGCUGCUUGGUGGACCGACACCUGAGCAGGGGCUAUGUUACCUUCAAGGAGAAAAAAAAUGUUUGAGGGCCUUUAAACUGCUUUGCUCAUCAAACAUUGUAUUUGAAGUGCUGGGUCCAGUUCUCCAAAAGAUGGCUAAGUUUAACCCACGAUUAAGGUGGCUGAACACAGUUUUGUGGGCGGUCAGCAGUAACUCGAGUGAAGGCGAGUGUUUUAAAUCAGAAAAACAAACAUGGCGGCCCACAGAGAAGACGAUACUUCUGGUACACAGAAGACGAUUUCUCAAAAUCUAGUCAUUAAAAUUUUGUGAUAUUUGGCAGAAUUUUUACUUAUAUCGUAUUUUAAAUAAUGAGAACUUUAAAAUGGAAGUUGAACAGACACAUUUUGUGAGACAUUUAAUAAUUACGGUACAAUUAUAUUAUUGAUUAACUAAAAACCCGUCUGUUAAAACUUGGUCAUAUAAGUUUCAAAUGGUAAUGAUUAAUUAUAGUAAGCUGUGUGCAAGCUUAUAGGAAGAUCUAAAGAGCGAAUUUUAUGUAAACUGAGCCAAAGUGAAAUUUUAAGGUUGUAUUCAAUCGUUUAUGUUGCCAUGGAAACUACGAAAACGUCAAAUUUUACCUGUCAAUCAAAAUCUUUCAUCAGUGUAUUUUUCACUUGCCAAGUUUCAGCUUGUGAGCUGCAAUUUUUCUCUUGCCAUAAUUUGGCUAAUGACAUAUACUCAGAAACUGCCAAAACUGUGUUCAGCCACCUUAAGCCAAAUUUUUAGCAACAUACUGUUGAGCCUUUACAACAAGAUACAGCUGUAAUGAUGACAUAAAAUGUUACUAAAAGCAAUACAUACGAAGGAAGAAUACAACAGUGGAAAAAAUUAUAAUCCUGGAUCAGCACUAAUCAGCCUUUCAGAAACUGGGCCCUGCCGGAUAGCAUCAAAAUGAUGGUGGCAAUCUAGCCUUAUGUCUCAUAUGGUUAUCCAUAAAAUCAAGGCUGUGCUCUAAGAAAAAUUGAUAAUUGAAAAAUACAUAAAUAUCGUUCAAAUACAAUAGCAAUAUUUUAGGCUAGCUUAUGAUAGAGCUUAAACUUUUAUAGUUAGCUGAAGCAACAUCUUGCCUUCCUGUCUCUUUGAGGUCUAAGUGGUGGUUUGUAGUUAUAAACUGAGUUCUCCUUGGCAUUAUUUCUCUUCAUGUCUUUGUUUUGUAUUGUUAUUGCCAGGCACUAACCACAGCAAUCUGGGGUGUUUUGAAAGCCAAGUCCUCUUACCUCCAGGUUAGAUACUGAUUUCAGCAGUUUUUUCUUAUUUAUUCAUUUGAUUAUUAAUAUUUAUUUAUCGGUACAAGCUUUGCCAACAGGCAACACUUCAACUGUGAGGUCCAAAUUUGCAUACGCACUGUCUUAAUUGAGGCAUUGUGUUAUGUUGCCAUAAUUAUCCCAGACAUAUGAAUAUCGCUUCAACACAGCUUUUUUAAACAAGGCUGUGUAGAGCUGUGCCAAAGAAUUCUAGGGAACGUAAAGGAAGGCGUCCAGCGUAUUAAUAAAAAUUAUCUACAAAAACAAUAAUUUCCUUAUUUUGUUUGACUUAAAAGAUAAUUAAUGGCAGGACAUACUAUCACUAGCAUCACCGUUGUCCUGUUCAUCAUCAUCAUCAUCAUCAUCAUCAUCAUCAUCAUCUCAUCGUCAUCGUCAUCGUCAUCGUCAUCGUCAUCAUCGUUAUCAUCAUCAUCAUCACUCUCAUCGUCAUCGUCAUCGUCGUCAUCGUUAUCAUCAUCAUCAUCACUCUCAUCAAUCUAGUCAUCACCACCGUCAUCAUCAUCAUCAUCAACAUCAUCAUCAUCAUCAUCAUCAUCAUCAUCAUCAUAACAUGAAUUGUGUUAUCUUUUACAGGAUCCCUAUGGCUUUAUGGCGCAUUUCUAUGUUGUGGCUCAGUACGUGUCUCCAGUUCUUGCUUGGGGAUUUUUAGGAACAGAUGAAGAAUUAAAACAAGUGUGCGAGUAUUUUAAGGUUGAUAUCCAUUCCUUUUCUUUUUUCUCUUUAAUACUUUGUUUUUAACUUGAACUAUUCACAUAUGUGAGUUAACAGACCAACUUGCUCCUUCAUCAGCCAAGAAAUGGGUAGGAAAACCGGCUUCAUUUCUAUUUUGUUCUAUCCAAGAUUGCAAUCGCGGACAAAAGAGAUGGAAAAUGUAGAUCCCUCCGCCUCCCAAAUCAAGGAUGGGAAAAUAGUUCGCUUUGGCUUUCGCCCUGCUUCAUCCUUGAUUUCGGAGGGAAGCGCUUGCUGUUCUAUGUUAUUUUGUCCAAGAUUGUAGAUAAUUUGUGACUCAAAAAACUGGAAGUUAACAAUUAUUAGUCGACAACACCAAAUUGUCGCUUUGACUUUAUCUUUAUUUUUUUUAGAGUAACAUCCUGGGCUUUAUCAAAGACAUCUUUGACUUCGACAGCUCUGAUUAUUCAACAACUGAAAGCUUGCGUGACUCCAUCGUCAGAUUGGCUAAGGAAAGAGGGGAACAGUUGUUAAGAGGACAAGUCGAAGACACU